CGCCUUUAGAGCAGAUUAAGAAGCGAUGGCUGACGGUGGGAAUGUUGUGGAAGGGGAAGUAGAUGAUGAUGAGCCGCCCACCAUGACCUACCCCCUGAUCACCGUGUCUGACUUGCCCAGCAGCAGCACAGCAGAAGCCAUAACUGGGGACCAUCACAAAACCACCACAGGACCGUGAUGUUAUUUGCAUGCUCAGUACAGCAGUCACACUGACAUGAUGGCGAGUGUGGCAUUGAUAUGAGUGUACCAGGUGCAGUAGUGUUGUCUGAGUUAUUAACCAGUGACAUGGUGCCAGCAGAUACUCACAGCUCCUGCGUCCACGGUUCAAUCCUCAGCUCGGGCCGUAAUCUGAAAGAAUGGCUUCAGGAGCAGUUUUGUGACAAACCUCUGGAGCAGUGUGAGGACAUGCGUCUGCAUAAUGCCGCGUAUGUGGGAGACUUGGACACCAUCAAGAGCCUGUUGCAGGAAGACAGCUUUAAACAACGGAUCAAUGAGAAGUCGGUGUGGUGCUGUGGCUGGCUGCCCUGUACGCCUCUGCGCAUAGCUGCUACUGCUGGCCAUGGCAACUGUGUAGACUACCUCAUCAACCACGGGGCCGAAGUGGACCUGGUGGAUGUCAAGGGUCAGACAGCUCUGUAUGUGGCUGUGGUUAAUGGACACCUGGACUGUGUACGGAUCUUGCUGGAGGCGGGGGCAGACCCAAACGGCAGCAGACACCACCGCAGCACGCCUUUAUACCACGCAGCCCGGGUGGGCAGGGUGGACAUCCUACAAGAACUGAUCAGGUUCAAAGCUGAUGUGGAUGUGGACCACCAGCUGGGACCGAGGCCUCUGUUCAGUGCACGCACCCUCUCCACACUGGUGGUGUGCCCUCUAUACAUCAGCGCUGCCUACCAUCAUUUACACUGCUUCAGGCUGCUCCUGGAGGCCGGAGCGAACCCCGACUACAACUACACCGGCCCCGUGAGCCGUGAAGCACUGAAUAGAGGCCUAGCCUCCUGCCUGCUGGACGCUGUGCUUAGACAUGGCUGUGAGCCGGCCUUCGUUAGACUGCUGCUGGAGCACGGCGCAGAUCCACUACUCGUGCCAUGGGAGGAACCUGACCCUGAUGCUAUGGGAAGAGUGCGCGUCAACCCUGAGGCCUUAAACAUCUAUCAAGAAGCCAGGAAACGUCCGAACAGGUUGACUGAUUUGUGUCGCGUAGCCAUUCGGCAGGUGAUGGGCAAACACCGCCUGAGGCACAUCUCCAGCCUUCCUUUGCCUGAUUCUAUCAAGAAUUUUCUGCUCCACAGAGACUUCUGUUCCCUUUCCUGAAGGAGGUGCGAAUAACACCAAAUGCUCUAAAAGCUGUAUUAUGGCCUGUACCUGUACAAGGGACUCUGGUAAGUUCUUGAGAGCUGAAGAUAAUGCUGAACGUCAGAAAAUGAUGUACAGUUCUUUGAAAUCCAGAAAGCUUUUGUCCUCUGCUAUGGUUUGUUGUUACUACAGUUGCAUUGCACUUAUGACGGUGGGAGCACAUUCCCUAAAAAAGCAAACACUACCAGUUUCAUAGCACAUCGUUCUGUGUUGCAUGUUGGUAAAAAUCUCUUUGUUUACACAAAUAUACUUACAGUAGCACAUUCUGUAAAAGUAAUAUAUUCACCUGAAUACACUGUAUAAUCUCGAAGUAAUUUUGUGAUUUUUCCGUUGUCUGUAAGACCAUUGGUCGUUUAUAUUUAAAAAAAACAAUUCUUAUAUUUCUUUUUUUGUUUAUGGUCACUGUGGAGUAAAAGUCAAAGUGCUUAAUUUAUGAUUCUUUAUGAAAUGUAUUUAUAUGAUGCUUAAACAUGUUGGUAAACCUUGCCUUUGCCUCGAAUUAAAUUCAGAUGCCUGUAAUAAACGAUAUUAUCCCCA